ACGGAUUGUCGGAAAGGAUGUCCCGUGGCACGUGGCACCGGUGGUCGGUGCUCUUGCUGCUUCUGCUGGCCACGCGAUUCCUCUCCGUCCACGGACAAUGCGGAUCGUACGCCCAGGACCGGCAAGACAAGCAGGACAAGCAGGACAAGCUGGCGCUUUACAAGGUUACCCUGAGGACCUACUGGUCGAGGGCGCGAUUCCCGCGACAUUAUCCGGAGUGGAAGCCUCCAGCGCAGUUUGGCAAACUGAUCGGUCGGACGCACGACUCGACUUACACUCUGUACAGAUUAGGCGAGAGACUAUCUACGGGCGCUAGAUUGUACGUAGAAACCGGAAGAGCCGAUGGAUUGGACACGGAUGGGGAUUCGCCUAAUAGCCUCCACUCCUUUGCGGGUCCGCCGAUACCUCAAGGCGAAGGCACGAGCGUUACUCGGGCCUUCUUGGAUGGCAAUCACACUCUAAUUAGCAUUAUGGCUCGCAUCAAUCCCAGUCCCGAUUGGUUCGUAGGCGUGGAUUCCUUCCAAUUGUGCGUCGAAGGCAAUUGGGUCGAUACCGUUACCGUCGAGCUCGACCCGCUGGACGGAGGCACGGAUAACGGCUUCACAUUCACGGCUGCCAACUGGCCGACGCAGCCCCAAGGAAUCGCUUACAGGAUCACAUCCCGAUAUCCGGCACAUCCCGCGGGAAGCUUCUAUUAUCCGAAUCUACCUCGUCUGCCGCCGAUAGCUACCUUCACAUUCACCAAGCUGCGCGAGUACACCCUGACCGAAUCGUAUCACGAAGACGACGUCGAAGUGGAAUUCGUCAGCAACGACAAUCUCCAAGCGAACAGCGAGACUCCCCGAGGAAUCGAUCCGAACAGGGACCUAAACGAGGCCAUAGCCGAGGAACGAAGGGAAAUGGACACCCAGAGAUACAG